GAUGCCCCGGGUCACAUGGUCGCAGUCUCUUGACUCAGAAACAACUUCCUUUAACAACACGAUUUUCUUCUCUAAACAACAACAAAAAGAAUAUAUAAAUAGAUUCCCUGAACCUCUAGACCACACACAGAGAGAAGUGCAAACACAGAACUGCUGAAUAAGGCUUGGAAGGUGGAGAGCCACUCACUCUUGCUCAACCUGCAUUCUUAAUGUAAAUUUCAAGAAUUUAUACUAUAUUCUUUUUGUUGUCAUUAAUGUAACAAUCAUGUCCAUAGCGUAUCCCAUGUGCCUGGCACUGUUGUGUGUGUUUUAAAUCUCUUCAUCCGUUUAAUGCUCGUGGCAAAAUGCCCACUUCACAGAUGAGAAAGUUGAGGUUCAGAGGGGCUGAGGCCCGGAAACCCGACGGCCGUGGACCUGGAGUAUAAAUCUUAUUGUUCUGGCUCUUGAGUCUGUGUUGUCAGCCCCCGUGCUAUGCCGGGAGGCAGGUUCAGAACUGCAUUGGUCAACAGCUUCUCAUUUUAAAGAUGGAAAACUGAGCCCCACAGAGGGCAUAGGAUUUGUUUGUGUUGUGUCUGCCUCUGAGGCCUCAGGCCCUGCUCUUGGCAGCCUUGGACUUUUUGUGGAAGAUGUGACCCUGAGCUGUCUCCCUCAGACUGUGGGAGGCGAGAGGAAUGUUUAUCUGAAGGGAAGGGCUGGACACGCCGUUGGAGGCUGGGAGGGGGGGUAGCGGGCAGUGGGUGCUUGGUGAGGAAGACCUCAGAGGGCCCUGUGGGAAGACCGAGUCCAGGCCAACUGCCCCAGGCCAGGAAGGUCAAGCCACACUCACAGUGGGGUGGGGGACACUGUCAGCUCUCCACCCACGGGAGCCCUCUCCAGCCUCAUCUGCUGCCCGUAAUUUUGGGAUAUGUGACUCAUGGGAAGAAUACAGGACAAACACACCCUAGGAGUAGGACAGGGCCACUCCUGUUUCUCCCUGGUUAUGAAGAUUUGCUGGGGCCCGUGAAGUGGCAGUGCCCAGCAGUGUCCCAUAGGAGCCCUCGCAAACGGGACGAACUUCUAGGAAUCCACUAGCUGCCAGACGCGGAGGAGAGACCCCAGACCACCCGGAUCUCUGCUGUGGGCCCGGAUCGUGCUCCCAAGUGGCAUUCAACCAAACUGGAGACCCUCUUGCAAGAGACGCCGAGGAAACCGAGAGAGGCAGCUGCAACUGCUUAGCCGGAGUCACACAGCCCGGGGCUUCUCAGGACCACUGGCUAUACUGCCUUCCGACUCUCCCGAAUCUAAGAUUUUUGGAAGAUGAUAUUCUAGGGCUUGGAGUUCUGGAGUGGGACUAACACAGUUGGAAACUCAGCUCUGUUACCUGCUUAGCUGAGUGAUCUUGGGUGUCUGGGGCCUGGAUGGAGAACGCUUCUCUCGCCCACGACUAUGAGCAUUACGGCGAGAUUCCGGAUGUCCCCGUGGACUGCGCUGACGACUCCUGCGUCUUGGUCGACCCCCUGGGCACGGCCCCGCUCCUGCUCUAUGCUGCGGUCUUCCUGGUGGGGGUGCCGGGCAAUGCCAUGCUGGCCUGGGUGACCGGGAAAGAGGCCCGCCAGAGGGCCGGUGUCACCUGGUUCCUCCACCUGGCCGUGGCCGACCUGCUCUGCUGUCUGUCUCUGCCCGUGCUGGUGGUGCCCAUCGCCCGCGGGGGCCACUGGCCGUACGGGGCGGCGGGCUGCCAGGCCCUGCCCUCCGUCGUCCUCUUGUCCAUGUACGCCAGCGUCCUGCUGCUGGCCGCUCUCAGCGCCGACCUCUACCUGCUGGCCCUCGGGCCCCUCUGGUGGGCUGCGGCUCGGGGGACACGCAGGGUGCACGCAGCCUGCGGGGUGGCCUGGGUGCUGGCAUUGCUGCUGACAGUGCCCUCGGCCGUCUACCGCCGGCUGCACCAGGAGCACUUCCCACGCCGGCUGGAGUGUGUGGUGGACUAUGGUGGCUCGGCCACUGCUGAGAACACAGUGACCGCCAUCCGGUUUACUUUCGGCUUCCUGGGGCCACUGGUGAUCGUGGCCAGCUGCCACGGCGCCCUCCUGUGCCGCGUGGCCCAACACCGCUGGCCGCUGGGCAUGGCCGUCGUGGUGGGGUUUUUCAUCUGCUGGGCCCCCUACCACGUGCUGGGGCUGGUACUCACCGUGGCUGCCCCGCACUCAGUGCUCCUCGCCCGGGCCCUGCGGGCUGAACCCCUGGUCGUGGGCCUUGCUCUUGCUCACAGCUGCCUCAAUCCCAUGCUUUUCCUGUAUUUCGGGCGGGCUCAACUCCGCCGGUCACUGCCAGCCGCGUGUCACUGGGCCCUGAAGGAGUCACAGAGCAAGGAGGAAAGUGUAGUCAGCAAGAAAUCCACCAGCCAUGACCUGGUCUCGGAGCUGGAGGUAUAGGCCAGAGGGAAGCUGGUCUGUAGCCUCCUCUCUCAUUUCACAACACUGGCUUCAGGCAUAGCUGGAUCCAGGGGCUCAAUGAUAUUGUCGUGUAUUCCUUUAUUCAUUCAAAACAUUCAUUAUGCACCUGCUGUGUGAAAGACCCUAUUAUAGGCCCUGGGGAUGUAGCAGUGACCUAAACAGACACAAAUCCCUACCCUCAAGGAGCUGACAUUCUAGUGGAGGAAGACAGACAAUAAGCAAAGAAAUAAAGGAAUGUGGAACAUGUCAGGUGGUGAUAAAUGCUAAGAAACUGAAAGGUGACAAAGAGGGCUGAGUGGGGCAGGGAUAUAGGUAGCCAGCCAAGGCCCCUUGGGUAAAAUGAUAUUUGAACCAAGACCUGAAGAAGGGAGGGACGAGUCAUGCUUAAAUCUGAGAGAAAGCAUUCCAAGCAGAGAGAACAGCAAGUGCAAAGGCCCUGGGGCAGAAUGUGCUUGGCAUAUUUCAGGUACGGUGAAGAGGCCAGUGUGGAUAGAGCAGAGUGAGCGGGAGGGAGAGUGGUGUGAGAUGAAGGGAGAGAGGUAGUGGGGGCUGGACUUUGAAAACCUUCUGGGCCAUAGCAAGUGUCCAGGGAUCCAUGAGAGGUUCUGAGCUACCGUUACCAGAUAAAAUACCAACACCCAAUUAAACUUGAGUUUUGGAUAAACAACAACAAAAUUGUUUUAGCAUGAGUAUGUCCCAUGCAAUAUUUGAGACAUACUUAAACUAAAAAAUUGUUUGUUGGGGCCGGCCCCGUGGCAUAGUGGUUAAGUUCAGUGCACUCCACUUUGGUGGCCUGGGUUUGUGGGUUCGGAUCCCAGGCACGGACCUACAGCACUCGUCAGCCAUGCUGUGGUGGCGACCCACAUAUAAAGUAGAGGAAGAUUGGCAGCAGUUGUUAGCUCAGGGCUAAUCUUCCUCAGCAAAAAAAAAAAAAAAGUUUAUCUGAGAUUCAAAUUUAACUGAGCAUUCUGUAUUUUAUUUUUCUUGAUUUGGCUUAGAUUUUAGUAGGACCCUUCUGAUUGCUGGUGGGAACUAGACUCUAGGGGAGGGGAGAGGGAAGUGAGGAGGCUACGGCAAUAGUCCAAGCAAGUGAUAGUGACUUGGAUCAGGGUACUAGCAGAAAGAUGGUGAGAGAGUGACAGAUGAUGGAUCUACUUUGAAGAAAAGGCCACGUCCAAGCUCCUUAACCUAGUAUUCAAGGCUUCUCUCCACCACUGGACACACUUAUAUUCCAUCUGCUCAGAUCGUGUAACAGACAGAAUAAUGGCCCCUAGUGAGGUCCACAUCCUAAUCCCCUGAACCUGUGAGUAUGUGACCCUACAUGGUAAAACCAGGACUUUGCAGAUGUGAUGAAGUUAAGGAUCGUGAGGUGGGGAGCGUCUCCUAGGUCAUCCCUGUGGGCCAAAUAUAAUCACAAGGGUCCUUAUAAGAGGGAGGCAGGAGGCUCAGAGUCAGUAGCAGGAGAUAUGACAACGGAAGCAGAUGUCAGAGUGAUGUGAGGAAGAGGCCACAAGCCAAGGAAUGCAGGCAGCCUCCAGAAGCUGAAAAAGGCAAGGAAGCGGAUUCUCUCCGAAGCCCCCAGAAAGAACGCAGACUUGCUGACACCUUGAUUUUAGACUUCUGACCUCCAAAACUUUAAUAGAAUAAAUUCGUGUUAAGUCACUAA